AUGACAUUUGAAGAACAAUUGCAACGUAUAACUGAACUUAAUGUUCGAUUUUUAAUCUAUGAAAAACAUAUAACUGGUAUUGCAGAUCGAGUAAUUCAUUUGAUAUCAAGUUAUUUCGUAGCUUUAUUAACAAAUCGAUUAUUUAUAUUUGAUUCAGAUUGGUCAGAAUUUAUAGACGCUAUGCAAUCAAGUUUAAAUUAUCAACCAGCAUUUAUUAUUUCUUGGUUUUCUCAAUUUGAUUUGAUUAUGAAAAAUUUAUCUUUAGAUUUUCAAAAAAAUUUUUCAUUAGGAUCGUAUUGGUUUUCUUUUGAUCGAUUUAAUAAAGAUUAUGAUUAUGAGAAACAUUGUCCUCAACGUAUUAUUAUAUUUAAAGGGCAUACAGGAGGCGUUAUACAUGCAAUUACAUCUAAUACAAGUCUUUAUAGAAAAUUUUUAACUAUUGAUCUUGAAAUGAAUCCAGGAAAUAUUUUUGGAUGUCUUUAUAAUUCUCUAUUUACUUAUCGUUUAUCUCAAUUGAUUAAACAAGUUCCAUUAAUUUCUUCAAAUAACCAAUCAGGUCAUUCAUCUCAACAAAUUUUACAAAUACUCUUAUCACCGAGAGUUUUUCCAAUUGGAUUUCAGCUUCGUGUUGGAGAUGAAACAAUGAUUAAUACGAAUAAUAUUGCUGAUGAAACAACCAUUCUUAAGAAAUUUGAAAACUUUUUUACAUGCUCUCGACAAAUAAUUAACAAAAAUAAGAAAUUAUUUCGUGAAACAAAUCAAAUUCCAAUUAUUUUUCUUUUAUCUGAUGAUCUUCAAAUACGUCAAGCUGCUUUAAAACGUUGGAAAUUCUCAUUAGAAUGUUUUCAAUCAUUUGAAAAUAAAUGUCAAUCAAAUAAUAGUGAUUUAAGUAUUUUAGCAAAUUCCAAUCCUGUUUUUCAUAUAUCACAUACAAAUAAUCCAAUAUUAGCUUUUCAAUUAGGAAUAUUUGAUAUCUUUCUUUUUAGUUUAUGUGAACAGCAUUUAAUUACUACAGCGAGUGGAUUUGGUCGCUUUGCAGCAUUUGCAUCUUUAAAAUUACGAAAUAUUUAUUCAUUGUUUGUUGAUGAACAAGUUUCUUGUGAAAACCAAAGUGUACCACUUAAAAUUGCAGGUUAUCAUUGGUCGGGAAUCUAA